AUGAUCAUUAUUAGCGCCUCGAACGGUUUCGAGUCGAACCCAGACGUUUCGUUCUCAGUGGAUUCGUACCCAGUCAUCAACGUUUCCAAACUGCUGAAUCUAAACUUAAUGGCACAAACAGGAGUCACAGCUGAAUACAUAAAAAAUGUUCUGCCCACCUCUGCAUGGCCCAAUCAUCACACCAUUCUCACUGGUCUGUACCCGGAAAGUCGCGGUUUACCCUACGUCCACUGUGUGUUCGAUUUGAGAGGUCCGUGGUCUAAGCGCGUCGAUAAGGCGGUGGAAUGGCUUAGUCGGGGAAAACCUCCGCAUUUUAUCGCUCUCUAUUUCGAACAGCCCGACGCGGUCGGUCACUCACACGGGGUGUCCUCACAGGAGUACAGGCAGAUGGUAGAAAAUGUUGAUGUCGAUGCCGUUGGAUAUUUACUCAAGCGUUUAAAUGAAAGCAGUUUUCUACCAAAGGUGAACUUGAUAGUUGUUAGCGAUCACGGGAUUGAAGACACUCCCUCGAGUCGUCGAGUGUACUUGGAUGAUUGUAUUGAUCCCUCGAGUUACACAGUGAUUUAUACGGGAUCUGUACCAGCGUACAUUUGGCCCAAGCUAGGAAUGAUAGACAUCAUUUACCAAAACCUUACAAGAAAUCCAAUACCUCAUUUCCAUGAAGUGUACAGAAAAGAGGAUGUACCAGAUGCGUAUCAUUGGAAGAAUAAUCGCCGAAUUCUACCGAUCUACAUCGAGACUGAAGUUGGUUGGGUGGUUACACGUUCUCGAAACGAUACUCUACUAAAUCGAGGAUCCCAUGGCUGGCCACCUCACUAAUCAUAAAGCUAUUUAAUAUUCUACACCCGCGAUCCCGCUUUCAGAGAAGGUGUGGUGGUGAGCCCUUUCAAUAACGUGGAUCUGUACCAACUGAUGAGCAAAAUUCUUGGAAUAAACCCGCGUCCAAACAACGGCUCAAUGAAAAUUACCAAAGCCGUGCUAAAAGAGAGGCACACUACCGCCGGAAAAGUGCUGCAUUACCUCUGCUUGAGGCUUGUGUUGUCGACACUUUUUAUGGCCUUCGCAGUUAUUAACAAUUGA